AUGCUGUUCCAGGACCACGAUGACCUCACGUACAUUGUGAUGCGUAACAUCUGCCUCGACGGAAGUCCCGCUGCUACUAAAUACGAUCUCAAGGGAGACCCCGACCGCACAAAGGCCAGCGACAUGACAGUUCUACGUGAUUCGGAGCUUCGCACGAACCAGCCGGAUGGCAUCCGGCUCAAGGAAGAGGAGCGCCAAGAAGUGGAGACGAUCCUGACCCAGGAUUUGGAUUUUUUGGAGCUUCGAGAUCUCGUGGACUACUCAUUAUUGCUGAUGCUCGACAACGUGCCGCUGGAGGACGGGACCAAGCCGCAAGCCGAGCCGAGCCUCAUCGGGACGACGGCUGAGGGCGAGAAACUGCUCCGGAUGGGGAUCAUCGACAUUGUGCAACGAAAAGUCGGCGGGGCGGCGAAGAAAUGGAAAGAACAGGUUCUGGGCGGCGUAUUCGGCUACGUUUUUCCGCGGAAUUGCCGACAAGUUCAAGAAACUGAGCGUGGAUGCCCCAGCAGCAGGGGCAAGUGCGACAAGAACACGGCCAACAAGCGGAACCAGAAGAAGUCGAAGAACCGCCCUGAGCCGCGUCCGAACCCCGCCCUCGAU